CCCUAAAGCCACACACAAUAAGAAGCUAAAGAGUUGGAAGAAAAAAACCGAAAAAAAAAUCAAACACGAAAUAAAGAAAUCUCGAAAUUGUUUUUCAAAUCAAAGAAAAACCCACUUCAUUCCCGAGAGUAUAAAGACAAUGGCGAUAAAAAACCGAACCAAGCUACCACAAACGACCAUGAUAAAGCAAAUCUUGAAGAGAUGCUCAAGUUUGGGAAAGAAACAGAGCAGUGAAUAUAACGACGAACAUGACCAGGAUGGAGAAUAUCUUCCUCUAGACGUGCCCAAAGGUCAUUUCGUGGUCUACGUAGGGGAGAGUCGGGUCAGGUACGUUUUGCCCAUUUCAUUUUUGACCCGAGCCGAGUUUCAGCUUCUUCUACAACAAGCUGAGGAAGAGUUUGGCUUCGAUCACGACAUGGGUCUCACCAUUCCUUGUGAAGAAGUAGCUUUCAAAUCUCUCGUCACCUCCAUGCUCAGAUCAACAUUUAUUUAGGGUUUUUGGUUUUUAGUAGUUUUUAUUUUUAGAGCAAUAAGCGUUGUUUAGCUUUGGGUAAUUAAAAUUGGGUUAGUGUUUCUAUUAGAACGAGACUAAUUCUACUGAGACCCCUAUAAGAGUGAUCAAUAAAACCAGUUUUUGGUUAUUAUCUUGGAUUUUUUGGAGAGGAAAUAAGCAAAUAUAUAGUCUGAUAAUUAUUUCUCCUCAUGGUGGUGUGAAUGUGAUUAUCAUAUUAUAUCAGUGAAUGCUUUUUUCUUCUUAUAAUUUGUUUUUUUCCAUUCUAUCUAUGUAUUCUCCU